AUGUUAACUGUAGCAAUAUUACCUAAUUUUAUAAAUGAGCAAAAAAUCUAUUCUUAUUGUUUUUUGGUUGAAUAAUUUAUCAUAAAUUACCUUAAUUAUGAAUAUGGAAUCUACCAUAAUUUGAUAUUAUUUUUCAGUUUUUACAUAUUUGAUUCAUAAAACAAAAAGUAUAACAUAAUGAUUAUUUUAUUAGUAUAAAAUAAUUAACACUUUUUUAUAUUCCAUUAUUGAUAUAUGCAUUUGAAACUGAUACAGAAAUUUAUAUUUAUACAUAUAUUGUUAUUAGUUUAGUAUAUUUUGCAUUACUUAUAAUUGAAUAGGAAAAGCAAGUGAUAUAUUUAAGAUACAUAUUAGUGGUUGUUGGAUUAUUUAUAACAUAGAAAUGGUAUAACAAUUAAUUAAUUAGGUAUUACAAAAUGUUAUUAAUGAUAUUUUUAUUUGACACAGAAAUUAAUUUCAAUAUUAAAAUAUAUGUAUAAGCUUUUGCAGGAAAAUAAAUAUUUGACUUAUUUGUAUCCUAGUCGCCUUUGCUUUUGCAUUAUUUUUUUCAAUAUAAAUACCAUCUAAAUAAUUUCAAUUUUACAGUUUGUUUAUUAAGUAUAAUUACAUUAAUUGUAACAUUACAUAUCCACCAGUAGAAUUUAAUAUUCUCUAAUAUCUUGUAAAUAUAUGUAAAUAAUAAUAUAAAAUAUUAAGCUUCUAUCAUUACCCUUAUGGCCAGUAUUUUUAUAUUAUAAUAGAUCAACAGAUAAUCUAAUUGUAGUAUUUAUUAAUAUUAUUCAAAUAUUAACAUAAUUCUAAAAAUAAGAAUGA